AUGUUUCAUAUGGAGCGAGAGUUGACACAAAUGAUGGCAUCACUCGAGACCACAGAUGGCUGUGAAGACAGACAACAGCCGAAGAUUUACGCGAAGAACUCAAUGGACAGAUUCGGUGAUGAUUUGUGUCAACUUCUGUUGUCUUACCUGUCAUUUGAAGAUCGGUUUCAAUUAAAAUGUGUGUCCAAACAGUUCCGGAGGACAGUCUUCGAGAGUGUUGUCAGCAUUGAAAUCAACGACCAAUUUAUGCAACAAAUACUGAACACAACAAUCACUGAAACGUUGGCCACAAUUGCUAUAAAGUGUCCGAACAUUGAAACCAUUGACUGCAGAGGAAUAGACACUGAAUACGAAACGCAUAUUUCCGAGCUUUUGGCUAUAUUUAGAGACAAUUGUCUUAAUUUGCGGAAAAUUUACUGCAAUUUAUGGCAAAAUAGCGGACAAACAAUGCCUAGAAUCGGACCACUGGUCACACGAAUCAAUUCUUUGACACUUCCGGACAACUAA